UCCUUGAAAACGUACUCGCAAGUCUGCAGAGGGGCGUACAUUUUUUACAUUUAUUUAUGCCGGCAUAAAACAAAUACAUAACAGACAGACUGAAAAAGUGAAAAGACACUCUGACAGCAAAACUCGCAAGCUGGACGGUUGAGCUGACGUAUUCUCUAGUGGCCAGUCCAAGAAAUGAAGUCAAGCCACAUCAUUAUCACACUAAGUUGCUUAAUCAAUUUAAGAAAUGCUGUUGCUGUGGAGAUUCUACGGCCACGAGGAGUUUCCGUCACAAAGACAGCACUAUAUGAUCCAGAAAAAAAUUUCACAUGCUUCGAUGGAGCAGUUACAAUUCCAUUCUUGCAAGUUAACGAUGAUUACUGUGAUUGUCUUGACGGCAGUGAUGAGCCUGGCACUGCUGCCUGUUCCAAUGGAUUCUUUCACUGCACCAACGUUGGUCAUCAAGCGGUGGACCUUUUUUCCUCAAGAGUAAAUGAUGGCAUUUGUGACUGCUGUGACGGUACAGAUGAAUUUGAUGGAAGGGACAUCCUCGGUGGUGGCCACUGCAUCAACAUAUGUCAUGAAAUGGGACAGGUGGCCCGUGAAGAAGCGCAGAGGUUAGCUGAGAUGCAAAAAAAAGGCGCUGAAUUGCGACGUGAAAUGGCCAGAAAAGCGGCCGAGCUCAAAGCUGAGAAGUUAAACCAACUCAACCAACUGAAGAAAGACCAGGAAGAGGCGCUGGCCAUCAAAGUUGAGAAGGAAGUCAUCAAGAGCCAGGCUGAGGAGAAAGAAAAUGCUGCUCUGGCUGUGUACAGGGAGGCCGAAGAGAAAGAGAAGGCAAAGAAGGCUGAAAUUCAAAAGGAGGAAAAUGCCAAGGAGGCUAAAUCUAUGUUUGAGCUUUUUGAUUCUGAUAGAAAUGGAAGAAUUUCCCUCCAGGAGUUGCAGACAAAGCAGGAAUUUGACAGGGACAGAGAUGGACAGGUCACAGCAGAAGAAGCAAGAUUCUUUUUGAAUGAAAAUGAGGAAGUUGGAGAAGAUUCAUUUGUAGCCGAGUGCUGGCCUCGGAUGAAGCCCUUUUACAUGAUGAAUGCUGGAAAAUACAUUGUCCCCGGCGAUGGAAUAAGUAAGGAAGAUACUGAUGAUAUCAAUAACCUCGAAGAGCCUAACACAGACACAGAUCUAGCAGAAGAAGAAAAUUUUAAUGAGGAAGUGACUGAUGCUACUGAAACUGAGGAUUACCACGAAGAAACUCACAACAGUGAUGAUGAGGACCAUGACGAUGCUUAUGUUGAGAAAGAGGAAGAGAAAUAUGUUUCAGAAGUGCAGUACAAUGCAGAAACUCAGAAGAUUAUUGAUGAUGCUGUAAACGCUCGUCAUGAAUAUGAGGAAGCUGAUAGAUCAGUGAGGGAUGUAGAACGGGAGAUUCGUCAGAUAGAGGAAUCAUUGCAGAAAGACUAUGGUAUCGACGGAGAAUUUGCUGCCUUAGAAGGAGAAUGUUUUGAAUACACUGACAGAGAAUACAUCUACAAACUUUGUCCGUUUGAUCAGGCUUCUCAAAGGCCAAAGAACGGUGGAGGCGAUACUAGACUGGGAAGUUGGGGCCACUGGGUGGGAUCGGAGCCCAACAAGUAUUCGCACAUGAUGUACACUAAUGGACAAUCUUGCUGGAAUGGACCUCAACGUUCAACAAAGGUUGAGUUGGCUUGCGGCACUGAAAAUUUGCUGACCGCCGUGAGCGAGCCUAACAGAUGCGAAUACAAGUUUGAUCUCCAAACACCCGCCGCUUGCAAUUUCUCAGAAGACUCGAGUUCCAAAGGCUUGCACGAUGAACUUUAAUUGUUGUUGUUAAAUAUUAAAAAAGCACACUGUUUUUUUUUCUCCAUUUUAUUCCAGGUCAUCUUUAUUUAAACGUGUAAGGCAUAGAAGAUUAAUAAUGCAUUUUGUUUGCUACAUUCCCUUCUUGCUGCAAAUAAAGGAAUAUUUUCCAAAUUUAACGUA